UUCUGUGGCUGCAAGUGUUGCACUCAGUAACGUUAUAUAUUUAUUACGAUUAUUAAUAAUAAUAAUAAUAAUAAUAAUAAUAAUAAUAAUAUAAUAUAUUUGUGUUAACAAUGUAGAUACAUUUUACACACGUCAUAUAAAACAGAGCUAGUUACUUAAUUACAUCAUUUUAACAACAACACCAAAAUCAUCAUGACUGGCAGUUAAAAACUCCUCAAUCGAAUAGAAUGAUCUAAAGAGAAGAUAUUUCUUUACAUCAUUUAAGAGCAGUUUAGGAGAGGAUUUAUUUAUGGCAUGGUUAGGGAGACAGUUAUAAAAUUUAAUGCAAUAAUAAUUUGUUGCAUUUCUAGAUCGGGUUAAUCUAAUAUUAUUUAUACAUAAUUCUGUAGAUCUGGUAGAAUAAGUGUGGAAGGAAUUUAAAGACUUAUAUAAAUGAGUAUUUUGAAGGAUGUAUUCAAAACAUUUGUAUAUGUACAAACUUGGUAAGGUCAAGAUGUUUAAGUUUUUAAAAAAGCGUCGACAAUCAUCGCGAAAACCAAUUUUUGACAUAAUUCUAAUUACUCUACGUUGUAACUUAAAUAAUCGGUGAGAUGCCGAAGAAUGUCCCCAUAUAAUCAAACCAUACUCUAAAUAUGUCUGAAUUAAUGCAUAAUAACUCACUUUUAAAAUUUUUUCUGAGACACAGUUKKACAUGUUUCGAAUUAAAUAUAUGUUUUUACACAGCUUGUUUGCUACAUAAUCAACAUGAUGUUUCCAAGUCAAGUUUGAAUCAACAUAUACACCCAAGAAUUUAGUAAAGUCUGUAUCAGAGUCAUCAUUAUCUAAGUUUUUUAGAGUAAAUGUUAAUUUAACAGUUUUAUUUUUAUUAAGGUUUAAUUUAUUAGCUAACAUCCAUUCUUCAGUAAACGCAUAAAAAUUUUCAAUUUUUCUUACAAGUAUUUCUAUGUUCUUAUCAGCGUAACCAAGAGUUGUAUCAUCCGCAUAUAAGACUAUAUUUGGUUCUGAGAUGUAAUAAGAAAAAUCAUUUAUGUAGAUGAGAAACAAUAAAGGGCCUAAUAUUGACCCCUGCGGCACACCAUGAGAAAUUUCUUUUGCAGCAGACAGUUUGCCAUUGAUAUUUACGACUUGAGUUCGAUUACUUAAAUAUGAUUGGACCAUAGACACAGCAUGCGUUGAGAAACCGUAGAGAGAUCUAAAAUCAGUGCCUGAUAAUACAGACGACAGUUUGUUAGAUUUUCUGUUAUUUUGUUUAUGAUUUAAUUGAUCUGGUACGUAUUGUGUAGCAAUUUUACAAAUGUAGUAAAUGUGUAAAAAACUAUCGCUUCCAGAUAAAAAUGGAUAGAAAAAAGUACGGAGUCAGCUUAUCGGCAUUAAAAAGUUUGCAAGAUUUCCAGUGUUCGCUCAUCGUGAAUAAGAAGAAACGAAAAAUAUUAACUGCAAUGCCUUUCGCAGUUGAAUGUUUGUUGUCCCUCAAUUAUGAAGAACUGGGUCGUUGCAGUAUAGUAGCAGACUCGGGAUUCAUCUCUUCUCAAGAAUUUGGUGUGAUUUAUUUGAAAAAUCGGGUUGCAUCCAUUACCGAAACUGAUACUACUGUACUAUUUGAAGGUAAAGGGCGAUUCAGAUUAUUUCACAGAAUGUUUAUACAAUUUGAUAGUAAAGACGACAAGGAUGCUUUUAUGACCAGCAUUCAAACUGUUCUAAGCUCAUCGGAUUCAGAUGAUAGUGGCGAUAGCGUAUUACAGUAAUACACAGUAAUAUUUAUUAUUAUUAUUUCAUUUAUUACUAUCAUUUUGGCUGAAUAAAUAAUUUUUGUAUUCAUA